AUGGCUCUGACUUCUCCAAAAUCUCUAGCAGGGGAUUUGACACAAAGAGAAGAAUCCAUUCUCCAUGAGGGAAACUGCUGCCAUUUCCUCUCUGCAAACAUCCUCACAGUAGUGGAAAGAUGUAUGAGCUCCAUGCAGGCUGGCACCCAGAUGAUCAAACUCCGAGGAGGCUCCAAGGGGCUGGUCCGCUUCUACUACUUGGAUGACCACAGGUCCUGCAUUCGCUGGAGACCCUCUCGGAAGAAUGAGAAAGCCAAAAUUUCCAUCGACUCCAUCCAGGAGGUGUGUGAGGGGAAGCAGUCGGAGAUCUUCCAGCGCUACGCCGAUGGCAGCUUCGACCCCAACUGCUGCUUCAGCAUCUACUACGGGGACCACAUGGAGUCCCUGGACCUGGUGUCCUCCAGUGCUGAGGAAGCACGGACCUGGAUCACAGGGCUGAAGUACCUGAUGGCAGGCAUCAGUGACGAGGACAGCCUCUCCAAACGCCAAAGGACCAGAGACCAGUGGUUGAAGCAGACAUUUGAUGAGGCAGAUAAAAAUGGGGAUGGAAGUCUGAGUAUUAGUGAAGUGCUCCAGCUCAUGCACAAACUUAAUGUGAACCUACCCAGACAGAAAGUCAAGCAAAUGUUUAAGGAGGCUGACACAGAUGACAACCAGGGCAUGCUGGACUUUGAGGAGUUCUGUGCCUUCUACAAGAUGAUGUCGACGCGGCGCGAUCUGUACCUGCUGAUGCUCACCUACAGCAACCACAAGGACUACCUGGACACAGAUGACCUGAAACGCUUCUUGGAGACUGAACAGAAGAUGACAAAUGUGACUAAAGAACACUGCCUGGAAAUCAUCAGCAAGUUUGAGCCAUGCCCAGAGAACAAGAAGGAGGGAGCCCUGGGAAUUGAUGGUUUCACCAAUUACAUGCGGAGUCCGUCGGGGGACAUCUUCAACCCAGAACAUUACCAAGUGAACCAGGACAUGAGCUACCCCCUGAGUCACUAUUUCAUUACCUCUUCACACAACACCUACCUCAUGGGAGAUCAGCUGAUGUCCCAGUCCAGGGUGGACAUGUAUGCAUGGGUGCUACAGUCUGGCUGUCGCUGUGUGGAAGUUGACUGCUGGGAUGGGCCGGAUGGGGAACCAAUUGUCCACCAUGGAUACACCUUGACUUCCAAAAUCCUCUUCAAAGAUGUGAUUGAAACCAUCAACAAAUAUGCCUUUAUCAAGAAUGAGUACCCUGUGAUCCUGUCCAUUGAGAACCACUGCAGCAUCGUGCAGCAGAAGAAGAUGGCUCAGUAUCUCACAGAAAUCCUGGGAGACAAACUGGACCUGUCUUCUGUGCACAACGAUGACUCCACAAAGCUCCCUUCACCAGCAAGUCUUAAAGGGAAGAUCCUGGUUAAGGGCAAGAAACUUCCAGCCAACAUCAGUGAUGAUGCAGAGGAAGGAGAAGUUUCUGAUGAGGACAGUGCAGAUGAGAUUGAUGAUGACUGUAAACUAAUGAAUGGAGAUGCAUCUGCUAACAGGAAAAGAGUGGAGAAUAUAGCAAAGAAAAAACUUGACUCACUGAUAAAAGAAUCCAAAAUCCGUGACUGUGAAGAUCCAAACAAUUUUACAGUUUCCACUCUACCAUCCUCAGGAAAGGCUGGGCUGAAGUCUGAUAGUAAGAAGAGUAAACUUGAGGAUGAUGCAGAAUCUGGGGAAGAUUUCAGUGCCAGCAAAAGGCACAGCAGGUCACUCAUGGGCAGCUUCUCCAAACGCAAGAAAAAAGGAAGCAAAUUGAAAAAGGCAUCAAGUUUGGAAGAGGGUGAAGACGAUUCGGAUUCUCAAGGGAAUUUGGCCAGGAGCUCUGUACAUUACAGCAGAGUAAGCCGACAGAAGAAGACAAUGAAGCUGUCCAGGGCCCUGUCUGACCUGGUGAAAUACACAAAGUCUGUUGGCAUCCAUGAUGUUGAAACUGAAAUCUCUUCCAGCUGGCAGGUUUCAUCUUUCAGUGAAACCAAAGCCCACCAGAUCCUGCAGCAGAAGCCAGCGCAGUACCUGCGCUUCAACCAGCACCAGCUGUCCCGCAUCUACCCCUCCUCCUACAGAGUGGACUCCAGCAACUACAACCCCCAGCCCUUCUGGAAUGCUGGCUGCCAGCUUGUUGCACUAAACUACCAGUCAGAGGGGAGAAUGCUGCAACUGAACCGGGCCAAAUUCAGUGCCAAUGGGAACUGUGGCUAUGUCCUCAAACCAAACUGCAUGUGUCAAGGUGUCUUUAACCCAAAUUCUGAAGACCCCCUGCCUGGUCAAUUGAAGAAACAGCUGGUUCUAAGAAUUAUCAGUGGUCAACAACUCCCCAAACCACGUGAUUCCAUGCUGGGAGACAGAGGAGAGAUCAUAGAUCCAUUUGUUGAAGUAGAAGUUAUAGGCUUGCCUGUUGAUUGCUUCAAAGAACAAACCAGAGUAGUUGAUGAUAAUGGUUUUAACCCCAUGUGGGAGGAGACCUUGGUGUUCACAGUGCACAUGCCAGAGAUUGCCCUGAUCCGGUUCCUGGUGUGGGACCACGACCCCAUCGGGAGGGAUUUCAUCGGGCAGAGGACAAUAGCCUUCAGCAGCAUGAUGCCAGGUUACAGACACGUGUACCUGGAAGGCAUAGAAGAGGCUUCCAUCUUUGUGCAUGUGGCUAUAAAUGACAUCAGUGGUAAGGCCAAACAAGCUCUAGGUCUAAAAGGGCUGUUUCUCAGAAAUCCAAAGCAGGCCUCUCUGGACAGUCAUGCUGCUGGGCAGCUCCAUCGCAAACAUUCCUUUAGCAGCCACAUCCUGAGACGGACGGCCAGCGCACCCACCAAGAGCCAGAAGAAGAACAAGAAAGGCUUUCCAGAAAUUGCUUUUGACACAAAGGACAGCAGCUCUGCAGGGGCUGGAGAAGGGCGGGAAGUGGAAGCUGCCUCCCAGCCUCGCUUUGUGCAAGAGCCAGAAAGCGCUUCCCCGUCCCCAGCUCCCCGCGACGGUGCCGCUGGGGAGGCACCUGGCAAGGCCUUGAAAGGUAAGGCCCAGGGCUGUCCCCAGGGGCCAGGGCAGAGCUGUGCCCACCCCGGGGCUCCCUUCAGCGAGCCCUUGCCCAGGGCACACAGGGUGAGGCUGCAGGAGCCCCAGGGAGAGAAGCCAAGCGUCUUCGCCCGCUGUGCCAUCAACAGCUCGGGCAGGAUCGGCGUGGCCACCAACUGCAUGAAAUGCAUGAUUGGCUCCAAGGAGAGCCCUGACCCAGAGGGGCCCUGGAGUGACCACCCUGGCAGGCCCAUUGCUAGAGAGCCCCUGCACCCCGGGCAGGGCAGCAGUGCAGAGGAGAGGGUAGAGCUGCACACCUGGGUGGUCAGAGGGCAGCCCAGGCCACACUCAGAUUUGCAGCCCUGCAGCAGCCCUGGACCCGCAGGUGACCCGAGGAGGAGCACCCAGUCUUUUGUGAGCCCAGGGAAGACGAGUGGUGACUCUAAGUGCCACGGGAUGAAGGCUCAUUCCCGGCAGCGCUGGCACUGCCAGUCAGGUGGCAAGUAUGGAAGCACUGUCAACUUGGUUGCAGCCAGCAAUGGCUCCAUAUCCUCCAACUCCAGCAGUCUAGAGAGCCUUGGAAGCCCAGAGUUCCCCAAGCACUGGUCUGAACCUUCUCGAAGGCAAGUGGGCACCCUACAGAGGGAAAUGAACGCCUUGUUCGUUCAAAAAUUGGAGGAAAUUCGAAGUAAAUCCCCUAUAUUCUUUACUGACAUCUGCCACUUCUCAAUGCAGAGGUCAGUCACUUCUUUAUGCAGCCUAGAAACGAUCACAGAAGAGCCUGUCCUUGCCAGUGACAGCCAUCAGUGCAGCCUUCUCUUCCCCCUGCCCGUUACCCCUUACAGUGACUUUGAGGAAGGAUCUGGCUCUGACCAUUCCACAGAAGCUCCAUCAGAGGGAAGCAGAUCACCCAACCAGCCUCAAGAGCCCCUACCCUCCAGAGAACAAGGAACCAACCUGGCUGCAGAAAACCAAGGGCAGGAUGUCCCAGGAGCAGCUGACACAAGUUUAGCAGCCCCAGAGGAUGAGAGGACAAGCGUGGCAGGAUGUCCCACAGAAGGAAAUGGCUGGACACAGUGCAGUGAGGCUGAAGAUCAAGGUGGAUCAGCAGCACAUCCCCAUAAAGCCAGGCUGGUAGAGGCAGCAGAUCACGGUGCUGGCCAACCUGUAGGAAACUGCCAAAAGCAAAACCAACCAGGUCAGGUAUCAGCAGACACAAAAAGCACCUCUGAAUCCAAAGGGCAAAACCCAGGUGCUGCAGCUGUUCCACCCCAGCAAAGCAGAGUCAGUAACCACCCUCAGGCAGAUUCUCCCCAGAAAACCCGAGCUGCACAGGCUCUCCCUGUCUCUGUUUCCCAGAUGAGCUCUUACACGUUGGCGAGAAGGGCAAAGAGUGAAGGACUGAAGACACCAGACUCCUCAGCCUCAAUAAAAAUUCCGAGCAGCCAGUCUCCAGCAGCUGAAGUCUACUUUGAUGCCACUGUCAACGACCGGAUCUGGAGCAAGCUGGACUGCGGCAGCCACCGUGACAGCAUGUCCUCCUCGUCCAGCAUGUCCUCCAACGACACCGUCAUCGAUCUGUCCCUCCCCAGCCUGGCUCGAAAAAGCCUCCCGGACCUGGGCAUGCGCCAGGACAGCCUGGAGCCCCUGGCCAUCAGGAAGGGCAUGCGCCCGCGCUCCGCCACCACCUGCAGCAACGAGAUGCCAAUGGUCAGCAAGAGCAAGUCCAACCCCAACCUGAGGUCUGGCCAGCUGCCGGCCGACGAGCUGUGCCCCCGGCCCCUGGCCAGGAGCCCUCAGGACGCCUUCUCGUCCAUUCCUAGAAGGCACACCUGGAGCAGGCUCUACAUGGAGAGUCUCAGGCAGUCCUCUAACAAAUCCAAAGCGCAUGACAUGGUUGGGAAUAACCAGACAAAGUCGAAAAGCCUCGGGGACCUUACCUCUGACGACAUCGUGUGCACUUUUGAAAGCAAAUACCGCAGCAUCAGCAGGAGCUUCGUCACCCGCUCCAUGCGGGAGCAGCGCCGCCCCUCCGGCCUGCGGCCCUCGGCCAAAUCCCGGGACGAACUGACUGAGCAGCUGAAGAAGCUGACAGCCUUCCAGCAGGAAAACGACAUCACCUCCCCCAUCAGCCUGGAGCCCAGCGAGUCGGAGGAGGAGGGCGAGAGCGUGGGGCUGCUGCGCCGCUCGUCGUCGCGCAGCCAGAGCCGCGUGCGCUACAUCGCCAACAGAGCGCGGCAGGCCCAGGAGAGGCAGCGCCUGCAGGGCCGGGCACAGCUCGGGCACAGCAGCCCCAUCGAGGAGAGGGGCAACCCCGAGGGCGCCUGCAGCGUGGGCAGGGCCGGCUGCACCGACCUCGCUGCCCACACGGCCCUGGCGGCCUCGCCCAAAGCCCAGCCCGACUGCGCGGCGGACACCGAGGUGUUCUUCAUGCUCAAACUGUGA